CUUUUUCUUGUCUAAAUCCUAAAGUUUCAACAAAAAGUACAUAAUACAUAAAUGAAUCAUUGAAAAUACUCAAAACAUCCUAUGAUUCUAUUUUAGGAAGCAAUGGUGUUAGUUAGACAGUGAUUGAAUUCCGAAGAAAGAAAAGUUUCUUGUAGCUACAAUACAGGUUCACCAGUCACCACUUCACACUUGUUGCGGUCAACAACUAUAACUUCACCCAAACUUAGAUAAGUGUCUUAAUAUCUAUCUAUUUAUAGCAAUUCUCAUUUACACUAUUAAUAUUGUUUAAACUACAGAUAUUAAAAACAAAAAUGAUCUAGUAAACAAUUUUCAUUUACACUAAUAAUUUGUUCUAAUCUUCUACCUUCAGAGUUUCUUCUUUGAAUGUUGUAGCCAUGGUUAACACUGAUGUAAUAAGAACUGUCGUUGGAAUAAUCGGAAAUGCCAUAUCAUUUUGUUUAUUCAUGUCUCCCUUGCCUACGUUUAUAAAAAUAUGGAAAGCAAAAUCAGUGCAAGAUUUCAAACCAGAUCCAUAUGUGGUAACAAUACUUAAUUGUGCAGUGUGGUCAUUCUAUGGAAUGCCCUUCAUAAGUGAAAGCAACACUCUUGUCGUCACAAUUAAUGGCUUUGGUUUCUUCCUUGAGAUUGUCUACACUUCCAUUUUCUUCCUAUACUCAAACGGGAGUAAGCGUAAGAAGAUCUUGAUGGCCAUUCUUGCCGAAAUUGUCUUUCUUGUGUUGGUGAUAUUUAUUGUCAUGUAUUUUAUUGAAAACCAAAAGGAGAGAAGGUUGGUUGUUGGAUUUAUAUGCAUAAUCUUCAACAUCCUUAUGUACUUUUCACCCUUAACUGUCAUGAGGCAAGUCAUUAGAACAAAGAGUGUGAAGUAUAUGCCAUUCUUACUUUCACUUGCCAACUUCCUCAAUGGAGUUAUUUGGACAACUUAUGCACUUCUUAAAUGGGAUCCAUUCAUAGUGGUUCCCAAUGGCUUGGGAGCACUUUCUGGAUUGGCUCAGCUCAUCCUUUAUGGAGUUUACUAUAGAACAACGAAGUGGGACGAAGAUGCGCCGUCUAAUAUCAACAUGGUAUGAUAUCAGAUUGAAUUGAAAGACAGAACAUGUUCAAAGGAAAAAGUUGUUCAUGCAGAGGACUCGUGGGAUUUUUCCCUUUUCUACUUUUGUUUUUUAAGAAUAACUUUAUUUCAUUUUGUUGAAAUCAUAGAACAUUAGCGUUUGAUCUAUUGUAGAAUAGAAUUACUUGAAAUCAAUAUAGUGACUGUUAUGGGCAUAAAUGAUGUAUAUGCUCAUUUGAGUUUUGCCUAGAUUUUUUAAUACAAGAGUUUAUAAUCA